UCUAUAACAACGCGCAACGCAGCGAUUCGUUUGGACGGAGCGCGCUACAACAAGCUUCACAUACCUCUGCUUUGUGGCCACCGCCAUUCGCCGCCCGCGAAGCGCUCGCAUUAACGCCAGCAGCAGCGCGAACGUCAUAAAAAAGCGCGCGCGAAACACUCGCAAUAACGCCAGAGCGUCACGCGCGCGAAAGCCGCGCCGACGCAAAUAAGCCAUGGGCGACUUCAGCGGCCGCGAGCCGUGCCCCUACCGCAUUUUGGAUGACAUCGGCGGCGCGUACGCGAUGGGCUGCGUCGGCGGGUCGAUCUGGCACUUUGUCAAGGGCUGGCGCAACGCCCCGAAGGGCUCGGCGACGUCGGGCGCCUUCGAGCAGGUAAGAGUAAGGGCGCCGGUGGUCGGCGGCAAUUUUGCUGUGUGGGGCGGCCUGUUCGCGUGCUUCGACUGUUCCCUGGUGGCGGUGAGGCACAAGGAGGACCCCUGGAAUUCUAUUCUCGCGGGCGCGGCGACGGGCGGCGUCCUGGCCGCGCGCGCGGGCCCGAAGGCGGCGGGCAAGAACGCGCUAGUUGGUGGCGUGCUGCUGGCGCUGAUCGAGGGCCUCGGCAUCCUCAUUACCAAAAUGAUGGCGCCGCCGAUGGCCUCGAAGGACGACCUGAAACACGGCGGUGCGGACCCGACGCUGCCGCCGACGCAGCCCGGCCUCGCGCCGCCGGUCGCGUUCCCGACGGGGGCGGCGUAUUAAUAGUUCUCUGUA